AUGGCGGACCGCGAGUUCCGGACGGGAUGGAUAGUUUUAAUUAUGUUAACAUUUGUGACUGAUACUUCACAGAACACCAGACAAAAACGACAGAUAUCGCCUCAGCAACCGAAAAUUAUCACAACAAACGGCCAUCUUGUAUUUGAAACAGGAAUAAACCAUAACAUCACAUUUAAAUCGACGGCUGGUGGCUACGUCAACGUGAAUGGCGAGAAUCUCGUUUCCAUGGUUCAAACGGUAAAAAGUAACAAACAGGCUAUAGAUGAACUCAGAGCUUUCCCGACUGAAAUCCCAUCCAACAUUGAGGGUCGGCUGACAAGCGUAGAACAAAGAUUGAACAACCUGCAGCCGACAGGAGCUGUUCAGAGUCAACUUAUAAGUAUAGAAAGCAGACUCAAUACACUGGAAACAGCGAAUCUUGUGACUCGAUUGGAUGCCAUUGAACAACAAAUAACAGGGUUUCAAAGCCUUUCCUGGUCUGUUACUAAUCUCACUUCCCAGAUGUCUUCUUUACAGCGAAAUGUAAGUAAAGACACUCUCACUUCUCAGGUGUCUUCCCUACAGCAAACUGUAAGUAAAGACACUCUCACUUCUCAGGUGUCUUCUCUACAGCGAAAUGUAAGUAAAGACACUCUCACUUCUCAGGUGUCUUUGCUACAGCGAAACGUAAGUAAAGACAGUCUCACUUCUCAGGUGUCUUCGCUACAGCAAACUGUAAGUAAACACACUCUCACUUCUCAGGUGCCUUCUCUACAGCGAAAUGUGGAUGGUCUACAAGCUCAAGUUACGGAAGCAACAAGUAAUGGAAUUGCUGUGUCUGAACUUGAGGAACAGCUUCUAACACAGAACGAGUGUAGCAGUAACCCCUGCAGCAAUGGAGGAACUUGUAUAGAUAGAUACAAUGCUUAUUCUUGUCGUUGUCUGCCUGCUUGGAAGGGAGUGAAUUGUAAUGAAGAUGUAAAUGAAUGCUAUGAAUAUGCUGGGACAGACCGAGGAUGUCAGAAUGGAGCCACUUGUGUCAACACAAGGGGAAGCUUCACGUGUCAGUGUACCACUAACUAUCAUGGUAUACGGUGUACGGAGACACAUGAUGAUUGUACAGGAGCAUCAGCCCAGGAGCUAUGUGGUCACGGGACAUGUAUAAACACUGAUCGUGUACUUCCUGGUCAGCCAAAAUACCACUGUAUUUGUGAGGAUGGUUGGACGAAGUCAGGGUCAGAUCCUGCCUGUAACACAGACGUGAAUGAGUGUGACUCUACCCAACCUGCUGUAUGCUCUGUUGAUCCACUUGUUCCUUGUAUCAAUGUUCCUGGGACCUUCUACUGUGGCCAGUGCCCAACAGGAUACAGUGGAAAUGGUUUCAAUUGUGCUGAUAUCAAUGAAUGUGCUACCAGCAAUGGUGGAUGUUCCCUGUCCCCACGGGUGGACUGUAUAAACACUCGAGGGUCUCGUACAUGUGGUCCCUGUCCAUCAGGCUAUCAAGGAAACGGUGAGACUUGUAACUGGGUAGGUGUCUGCAGUACUAACAACGGGGGCUGUCACCCUCAGGCUUCCUGCCAGGAGAGUCCCGGUGUGCUGACCUGUACCUGUAGUCCUGGAUAUGUUGGUAACGGGAUAGGCCCCAACGGAUGUGUUUCCCAGGGUCCAGUCACUGGACCAUGUGCAAGUAACCCUUGUAGGAAUGGUGCUGCAUGUCAGACAAAUGGCAAUACAUUUGUGUGUGUUUGUAUCCCUGGAUAUGAGGGAAUUCAGUGUGAAACUAACACCAACGAGUGUGCCAGUAAUCCUUGUCAAAAUGGCGGCACAUGUGUGGAUCAGGUUAACGGGUACAGCUGUCAAUGUGAUUCAGCUUACUCUGGCAACAACUGCCAGGACGAGCAACAAGCCUGUGGAGGACAUCUUACUGGCGAAACUGGAACCAUCACCUACCCAGCCACACCAGGAACUACCUAUCCACAUGGCCUGUCUUGUGCUUAUCGUAUCACCACUACUCCUGGCUUGAUCGUGAGUCUGACCUUCACCUCCUUCAAUGUGGAGGCCCACACCACAUGUGGCUACGACUUUUUACAGAUAAACGAUGGGCCCACAGCUGCCUCCUAUGCUCUGGGGAGGUACUGUGGCUCCACCCUUCCGAACAAUGGUCAGCCAAUCAACACCACUCAACACCAGAUGUACUUGUGGUUUUUCACAGAUGCCUCCGUUACUGAUGAAGGAUUUUCUGCCACUUGGAUUUCAGUCCCCCCUGUCUGUGGUGGACGUUUAGCCAACCAAACUCAUGGAAGUAUCAACAGUCCUGGUUACCCUGGCAACUACCCACAUGACAGUACUUGUUCCUGGGAGGUCUCUGUUCCUCCUGGUAAUAAUAUCAUGUUUACGUUUGCAGCCUUGGCUAUGGAGUCGCAUCCCAACUGUAGCUAUGACUAUUUGGAGAUUCGAGAUGGUCCUUUCCCUACAUCUCAGAUAUUGCAACGAUACUGUAACACGUCUCAGCCACCCCCUCUAUCUACCACAGGCCCAAACGCAUUUGUCAAGUUUCAUUCUGAUUCCAUGCUGACAGAUCGUGGAUUCCAUAUCACUUAUGUGGCAAUUUCUGCUGGUGACCAGUGUGGAGGACAACUGACAGGAGAGACAGGUGUGAUUACCUCCCCGAACUAUCCAAAUUAUUACGACCACAAUGGAUACUGUGCCUGGACUAUCACUGUGUCUACAGGGGAUAGUAUUACCCUGACAUUUACAGAUAUGGCCCUGGAGCACGGUGGCUGUUCCUUCGACUAUGUUGAGGUACGAGAUGGCAGUGAUGAAAAUUCCCGACUGUUUAGUCGUUACUGUGGAACCAGCAUUCCAUCUCCUCUGACAUCAUCAGGAAAUGUCAUGUUCAUAGAAUUCAGAACUGAUGGAUCAAUACAUAACCGUGGCUUCCGUGUGGAGUGGACUACAGCUUGUGGUGGGUUGUUUACUGCUCUUCAAGGAUCUCUACAGUCUCCUUACUACCCAAAUGCAUACCCAGAAAACAAGGAAUGUGUCUAUUCUAUUGACCAACCCUAUGGAAAUAUUGUGACCUUGACCUUCUCUGCAUUUGAUGUUGAGGGAAUCUCAGGAACGACAUGUUUAUUUGACUAUGUAGAGAUACGAGACGGGACUUCAGAUACAUCCCCACUUCUCGGCCACUUUUGUGGGUCUGAUAUACCUGACCCUGUGACUACAACGCAGAGUUCUAUGAGGGUGAAAUUUGUGACUGAUUCUUCCGUACAGAAUCUGGGAUUCUUGGCAUCAUAUGUCUCUUAUGUAGCUCCUUGUGGUGGUGAGUUGACGGAUCAUAGUGGCAGUAUCCAGAGCCCUGGCCACCCUAACACAUAUCCCCAUGGGGCCAACUGUACCUGGAGGAUCAUUGUUAGUCCGGGCUUCAUCAUCAGACUUUCCUUUAAUUCCUUCACACUAGAGGGCAGUAGCAGUGCGACCUGCUACUUUGAUUACGUGGAUGUAUAUGAUAACUCAUCAGCCAUAGAAAGCAGUCGUAUUGGAAGGUAUUGUGGUAGAAUGACCCCACCAAGCGUGACUUCCACCAGCAACGUUAUGACAAUCACAUUCAGCGCUGAUAGCAGUAUAGCUCAUGAAGGAUUCACUGCUUCAUAUGUUACACUCAACGCAUCUACUGUUUGCGGUAGGAGUUUGACGACCAGUACAGGGGUGAUUACCAGUCCUAACUUUCCUGAUAACUAUCCACACCAGAGAGAUUGUAUCUGGACCAUUGUUGCUCCCAGUAACAUCCAGAUCCUUCUAAAUGUCACAGACUUCCAGCUGGAGAGUCAUACCAACUGCAUGUUUGACUUCCUAGAAAUCAGAAAUGGGGGUUUUGAUGACUCACCGCUAGUGAACAGGUAUUGUGGAAAUACAAUUGACACGAUUAUACGGUCACAUAGCAACAGGAUGUGGCUCAAGUUUCAAUCCGACAGUUCUUUAUCAGCACGUGGAUUCCGUAUAGUGUACGAGGCAACAGCUACGGGCUGUGGAGGAGACCUCACCACUCCUACUGGCAGUUUUGUCUCUCCUGAUUAUCCCAGUAAUUACCCACAUAAUGCUGAGUGUUUCUGGACCAUCACCGUGUCACAUGGCAGUCAGAUCAUCCUCAACGUCACUGAUAUUGACAUGGAGGGCAGCAGCAGUGACUGCUAUUUUGACUACAUCUUGAUACGUGAUGGGAGCGCUUCUGGCAGACAGCUAGGGAAGUUUUGUGGAUCAACUCUCCCCAAUGUUACCCGAUCACCAUCUAAUGUCUUAUGGAUAAAAUACAAAACAGACUUCUCUGUUACUGGGAGGGGCUUCUACAUCUCAUACUUCACUGUAUGUAACUCAAGAUUGACAUCAUUUUCUGGAGUAAUAGAAAGUCCCAACUUUCCUGAGCCGUACCCUCACAAUCGUAACUGUACCUGGAUAAUAGAGACAUCUUUAGGGAACACUGUAAAUGCUGCCUUCUCUCAUUUUGAUGUAGAGACACACCACUCCUGUUCCUGGGAUUAUUUGCAGAUUCGUGAUGGAGAGCUGAUAACAUCACCGUCCCUGGGGAAGUUCUGUGGUACCAAUCUUCCUGACCCUGUAAACAGCACCUCCAACAAAAUGCUAGUACAGUUCAUGUCUGACUUCAGUUUGGCCAAUAAUGGAUUUCGUCUAGAAUAUGUCACUAAUGGUUGUGGAGGUUACCUAGUCACACAGACAGGUAGUUUCGCGAGUCCUAACUACCCAAAUAACUACCCACACUUACGUGUCUGUGAAUGGAGCAUCAACGUAGCAUCAGGAACGAAGAUUGAACUCACACUUGAUGACUUCAACUUUGAGCCUCACGCCAGCUGUGGUUUUGAUGGAUUGGAGAUAUAUGGUGGUAUGGACAGUGCUUCACCACUCCUGGCAACGCUGUGCCACACCCAGACAGAACCACAAGUGUUUACAGCCACUGGUAACCAGAUGUUUCUACGUUUCCGUAGUGACUUUUAUGUCAGUGGGAGAGGUUUUCAUGCCACUUACAGAUCGCUCCCUGGAGGCUGUGGAGGAAACUUUUCCACACCUAUGGGGACUCUCACUUCUGCCAAUUAUCCAAAUAAUUACCCACACAAUACUGAGUGUGUCUGGCUCAUCACUGUGGUUCCCUCUAAGAACAUCCAACUCACCUUCAAUGACUUCAUCCUGGAAGGCGGUAGCAACUGUAACUUUGACUAUGUGAAGGUAUUUGAUGGUCCUACGAUACACAACACCAUGUUAAUGUCUCACUGUGGGAGUUCUCUCCCUUCUCCCCCAACAUAUCGCAGCUCUGGUAACCAGAUGCUACUACGUAUGAGAACUGAUUCAAGUGUGUCUCGUAAAGGUUUUAAUGCAACCUAUGUUACCGGUUGUGGAGGAACACUCACCGCAGAACAAGACGGAGAAAUUGUGUCAACAAAUUACCCCGGAAUUUAUGAUCCCCUUAGUAACUGUUCCUGGCUGAUCUUGGCCGACCAUUCAGCUGACAGAAUUACAUUAACUUUUACACACAUGGACACGGAGUUCUAUUCCUCUUGUAUACAUGAUUAUGUGUCUGUAUACAAUGGUGACGAUGAAGCCGCCCCGUUAAUUGGCAAAUACUGUGGCAACACGAUCCCAAGCCCAAUUACCUCCCUUGGCUCAGCCCUGUUUGUUAGGUUUGUUACAGAUAUUUCUGUACAAAGGACAGGGUUUAGAGCUGUUUACUCUAAAUCUUCUUCUGCUUGUGGCGGGGAUUUUACAGCAGAAAGAGGAUCUUUCCUUAGUCCUGGAUACCCAAGCAUGUACCCGCCGAGUACCGAAUGUGUGUGGACAUUCACUGUAUCACCCGGAAAUCGUGUCAUGGUCUCAUUUAGCACAUUUACAUUAGAAGACAGCCCAUCCUGUAAUUUUGACUACUUGGAGCUACGGGAAGGAGACGUUAAUGGAAAUCUUAUAGGUCGAUACUGUGGUACAAACAUUCCCAGUAAUCUUACUUCAUAUCAGGGACUGUGGAUGAAGUUUCGGUCAGAUGAAACUCCUGGUCCAAAUUCUGUUGGCUUCCUAGGACAAUAUGGUUCAGUUUUUGGAGGUGAAAUUACGGGAAGUUCAGGACAAGUGGCUUCUCCUUUGUACCCUAGUCAGUACCCUCACAAUUCAGACUACACCUGGACCAUCACUGUGGAUACCAACAUGCGCAUUCGUGUUGCCUUCACAGCAAUGGACUUGGAGUUCCGACAGACAGGCUGCAUUUACGACUACCUCCUGUUCCGAGAUGGCGGAUCAGCUGACAGCCCUGAGAUCGGGAGGUACUGUGGUUUGACCAUUCCUGAACCAGUACUGACUACCACUAAUCAGCUAAGAGUUGAGUUUCAUACAGACUUCUCAGCCUCAGGUCAAGGUUUUCUGUUUGACUGGCAGGCCACAAAUGAAAUGGCACCAACGACCCUGCCACCAGGGGUAUCCACCACACCAACUCCUGGUUGUGGAGGGACCCAUGAUAUCUUUCCAUAUCAGAUAACCACAAUUAUCUCCCCUGGAUAUCCUAAUGGUUAUGCUGAUAAUCUGGAUUGUGUGUGGAAUCUGAACGCUGCACCAGGAAGCAUUGUCUGGUUCAAUGUCACUGAUAUUAAUCUUGAGAAUCAUCCAUCUUGUGGAUAUGAUUCCCUCUUUGUCAAUGAUGUAAAUGGGAACUACGGCCCACUCCUAGGGCGGUUCUGUGGACGCGUCCCUAAUGACCAGCCUAUCCUGUCCACAACCCCUCAUAUGACUCUGCGUUUUCAAACGGAUUACUCUGUCAACAAAACGGGUUUCUCUGUCAACCUGCAGGCAGUUUGUGGUGGAAUAUUACGUAUGCCUACUGGUGUAAUUAGGAGUCCUUUCUAUCCGAACUCAUAUCCAAAUAACGUUAACUGUAGUUGGUAUGUGAGGGUUGAUGUUGGACGUACAAUCAGAGUAGAAUUCAUUGGUGGAUUCAAUGUGUUGGGAUCAGGAGAAGCUUGCCAAGGGGACAGUGUUCAGUUACUGGGUGGACCCAGCCUAUCUUCUCCUCCAAUUGGCAGCUCUUUAACUGGAAGAUACUGUGGUUCUCAAUUACCUCAAGCCAUGAACACUUCCAGUAACUACCUCACUGUGAACUUUGUCAGCGACAGAAGCAUGGUAGGAACUGGGUUCCAAUUAGAGUUCACAGAGGUCAGCGUAACCUGUGGGGAUACACUGUUUUUGACUGACGGAGUGACUAGCGGUUACUUCACUUCCCCUAACUACCCUGCUGUCUACCCUCACAAUGUGGACUGCGUCUGGGUCAUCACUGCUCCUGCGUCUCGCAGCAUACAGAUUGACUUUAUCGACAGCUUUAAUAUUCAGGACCAUAACCAGUGCCAGUAUAAUUAUGUAGAGGUGCGGGAUGGUGGUACCAUAAACUCUCCAGUCUUAGCCCAUUUGUGUGGGAACACCUUGCCAAGUACAGUGAUGUCGACAGCCAACGUGAUGUUUGUGCGAUUCCGUACCCAUCUCGGUGUCGCUCAGUCUGGAUUCAAGGCUAUGUACAAAAUAGGUGAUUGUGGAGGAAGAGUGUACGGAAUGAGUGGCUCCAUCACCUCACCAAAUUAUCCCACUAACUACCCCAGUAAUAGUCACUGUGUUUGGGAUAUUGAGGCACCCACUGGUCACUACAUCACCUUCACCAUCACAAAUUUUAACUUGGAGUACUCCUACAACUGUGAUACAGAUGAUGUUGACUUUCUGGAAAUCAGGGACAUCAAUGCUACAGGUCCUGUCUUGUUGCGGUCCUGUGGUCAGAGUCCACCCAGCUCUAUUGAUACGUCCGACAGCUUUGCACUGGUCACAUUCAGAUCCAAUUCUGCCUAUAAUGCUGCAGGUUUUCUCAUCAACUUCCAAGCAAGUGUGGAAGUGUGCGGUGGUGAAAUGACAUCCCCGACUGGGUCCUUUACAUCACCCAACUUCCCAGGCCAGUAUCCUCAUUCUCGAGUGUGUACCUGGUUAAUCACUGUUCAGCAAGGUCGCCGAGUGUCCUUGACCUUUGAUAACUUUAACUUGGAAGGUGACUUAGUUUGUAGAUUUGAUUAUGUUGCGGUUUACAAUGGAAUCAUGGCUGACUCCCCAAGAAUGACGACUUUGUGUGGCGAGACGAUACCACAGCUUCAGGAAUCCAGUGGAAACACUAUGAAGGUCGUUUUCCGUACAGAUGGUUCCGUCAGUAACGGAGGAUUCCGUGCCUCAUACACAUCAAACAAUGAGCAAGUCUGUGGUGGACUAUUAACAAACAAUCCUGGUACAAUUAGCUCCCCUGGAUAUGAAACUGGCUCAAACUAUACAAACAACCUGCAGUGUGUGUGGGUGAUUGCCAACCUCAACAUCAGUGACACAUCAAUGGCUUUAAGUUUUCAAAAUAUCCAGCUUGAAUCACAUCAAAACUGUGUUUAUGAUUUCCUGGAAGUACGGGAAGGAAAUUCAGCUGAAAGUCCAUUGAUUGGGAAAUAUUGUGGAAAAACUUAUAUGCCUGGGCCGAUAUUCUCACCUUCCCCUUACCUGUGGGUCCGGUUUAAGACUGAUACAAGUAUCGUUGAUCAUGGUUUUAGCCUGAACUAUGGAUUUACAGAUUGUGGUGGUAUCUUGACCCAGGACAACGGUGUGAUUACGAGUCCAAACUAUCCAAACCUCUACAAUCACAGCGACUCGUGUGCCUGGAUCAUACAGGCUCCAGAAGGUGUCCGUGUCAAUGUACAAUUCACCAACUUCGACAUAGAAAAUCAUUCCAGUUGUGUAUUUGAUUAUUUGGAGAUAUUGAAUGGUCCAUAUGGAGACUCUCCUUCUGUUGGCAAAUUCUGCGGUACAACAAUGCCACCUUCAUUCACAUCCCAGUACAACGCCAUUCGUGUGUACUUCAAGACGGACAUUUCUAUCAGCAAUCAAGGCUUCCGUUUAACGUACUUCUUUCAAUCUGGAGGUUGUGGUGGGUUGUACCACAGUAACGAUGGCCAGAUUAUGAGUCCGAACUACCCACAGAGUUACCCUCACAGAACAGAAUGUGUAUGGGACAUCAAUGUGUCUCCUGGUUACCAUGUGUCCUUGACCUUCAAUCCACCAUUUGACCUUGAAAGCCAUGCCUCCUGCACCUGGGAUUAUGUUGAGGUAAAUGAUGGCCUCUGGAAUGGAACUUUGGCACCUUUAGGGCGAUGGUGCAGUAAUUUGACUCCGCCUCCACAGAGCUCUACAACAGAUCGACUAGUUGUGAAGUUCCGUUCUAAUAUUAACACAAAUGGAAAUGGGUUUUCUGCUAACUGGACUGUAGGUUGUGGGUCAGUGUUUACUGAGCCGAAUGGUAGAAUUGUCUCCCCUGGCUAUCCAGGCAACUAUGACAACAACCUACUGUGUAACUACACCAUCAAUACCGACCCACAACGCUUCAUUGUGGCCAUCUUCAGUACAUUUGAUCUAGAAGGUGGCUACUCCUGUCCUUAUGACUACUUGGAGGCAUUUUCAGGCAACAGUUCAUCAGGCAGGCGUCGGGGCAGGUUCUGUGGGAGCACAAUCCCACAGGCCUUUAGUUCUUUAGGCUCCAUGUUUUUAAGGUUCCGAACAGAUGCGACUGUUGUAAGUCGUGGAUUUGUCUUGAAUUACCAAACCUCAGAAUGUGGUGGAAAUUUCACUAAUUCCUAUGGAUUUAUCAGCACGCCUCAGGAACCAUCAGAGUACCAUCACAAUGCUAACUGCUCCUGGCUCAUCACCGUGGCAACUGAUCGCGUGGUCUAUUUGAAGUUUACGAUGUUUGACUUGGAGGCCCAUCCUUCAUGUGCAUAUGACUAUGUGGAUGUCCGUGACGGAGCAGACUUGUCCUCUCCUCUGAUUGGUCGUUACUGUGGAAAUGUUGUUCCAGACAUGAUCAGGGCCCAAUCAAAUACUCUGUUGGUUAACUUUAUCAGUGACUACUCAAUGGCUGGUAAAGGAUUUACUGCAUUUUACAGCUCAGGUUUUGGUGUAGCCCAGGGAUGUGGAGGUGUCCUAAACUCAACAUCUGGAUCCUUUAGAAGUACUGACAUUGAUGGUGAUGGUCUGUAUGAGAAUGGCCAGGAUUGUGUUUGGACAAUCAUCGUUGGGAACAAUCAGUUGGUAGUACUGACCAUUGCGUCUGUCCAUAUAGAGAGGCAAUCUAGUUGUUACUUUGAUGGAAUCAAGAUAUUUGACGGAAUGGAUACCACAGAUCCUCUGAUAGGUACUUACUGCGGAACGAAUGCCCCUGGAGUAGUACGUUCUACCUCAAACGUUCUCACAGUUCGGUUUUACACAGACGGGUCAAUCACUGAUAUGGGUUUUAAUGCUACGUACACACAGGAGACAUCUGUAUGUGGGGGAGCUGUGAUUUCUACAAACAAUCCACAGACAAUCACGUCUCCUAGCGGGGCACAAUUCCCUCCAUCACAGCCUGUUCAAUGUCGCUGGAUUGUAGACGCUCCUAACUCCAAUCAGCGCGUUCGUUUCACCAUGACAACAAUGAACCUUGACAGCCAUGCAAACUGUAGCAAUGAGUUUGUGGAGUUUAGGGACUCCCCACUGCGUUAUGGCGGUCGUUCCAUGCAUUACUGUGGAUCAACUCUGCCAAGUAUGUUUGAGUCCAUCGGACAAACAGCCCAGAUUAAUUACAAGGCUUCAGGGACCAGUGCAGGACAUGGCUUCUCUCUUACAUACCAAACUGCCACAUGUAACAGGACAUACAGUGACUAUAGUGGUCAGAUACACAGUCCAGGCUGGCCAGGUAACUACCCCAGUAACAUCUAUUGUGAGAUUCUCAUCAACGGGCCCCCAAACACCUGGAUCACACUCUACUUCAACAUCUUCAGCAUCGAGUCACACAGAAGUUGUCGUUUCGACUACCUUCAGGUCAGGAAUGGAUCCACAGCUACAGCCCCUACUGUAGCUACGCUCUGUGGCUAUGCUAUCCCAGACCCCAUAUUUGGCAGCGGAAAUUCAUUGUGGCUUGGAUUCCGAACAGAUGGAUCUUUAACUCAUCCAGGAUUUGAUAUCACCUACACAGCAUCCACUACAGGUAUGGGCUGUGGUGGUAACAUCACAGGAAUCAACGGCAGUUUAACCAGUCCGGGUUACCCUGGUAACUACACAGAGCGUCACAGCUGUCGUUGGCUUAUCACUGUACCAGGCAGACGUGUCGUCAGAGCGACCUUCACCGAUCUGAAUCUCAUUGGCAGUCCUGACUGUAACAGAGAUUCUGUUGCUGUGUACAAUGGAAACUCAGAACAGCAGCCAAUCUUUGGACGAUAUUGUGGCAAUGAAACACCUGCCACUCUUGUUGCCAGUGGAAAUGUUAUGCUAGUGAAGUUUACAACUGAUGGUGUUGGCAGUGCACCUGGCUUCAGGAUGACAUUUACAAGCUAGUGGCUCUUAUUUGUGUAUAUAUCAUCCCCUGGUAUUGAUGACAUUAUAGAACAUCAUCGUGCUGAUAACAUCACCAUAAAUUGUUGAUGACAUCAUUAUAAUAGGCCUAUGACAUCACCAUAAAUUGUUGAUGACAUCAUUAAAACAUGCCUAUGACAUCACCAUAAAUUGUUGAUGACAUCAUCAAUUAGCAUCAAAGACAUUGGACCAUCUGAUGACGUAUUUGGCAGCAGAUCAUAAGAGUUGAGAGAGAAGUGACAAAUGCUGCUAGUUACUACUAAAAGGUAUAUGGAUCAAUGCAAAAAUGAAAAUAAAAUUUUGAUUUACAUAUAUGUAUUACAAA